AUGGUGGUCACCUUUGCUCCAGUCAAGGUUACAACCGAAGUAAAGUCUGUUGAAAUGCACCAUGAAGCUUUGAGCGAGGCUCUUCCUGAGGACAGCGUGGGCUUCAGGGUCAAGAACAAAUCUGUUAAAGAUGUUCGUCAUGGCAGUGUGGCUGGUGACAGCAGACGUGACCCACCGACGGCAGCAGCUGGCUUCACAGCUCAGGUGAUUAUCCUGAACCAUCCGGGCCACAUCAGUGCCGGAUAUGCACCUGUGCUGAAUGGUCACACGGCCCACGUUGCUCACAAGUUUGCUGAGCUGAAAGAGAAGAUUGAUCGUCAUUCUGGAAAAAAGUUGGAAGAUGGCCCCGAGUUCUUGAAAUCUGGUGAUGCUGCCUUCGUUGAUACGGCUCCUGGCAAGCCGUCUCAACUCUGCAAGCUGGCAAUGGAUGUCCCCAGAACCAUCGUGCUCUUCCUCUUUGGGGCUGUGUUCUGCCGGACAGAGUCCCAAGCCCAGCAAUGCUACAGCUUUCAACACAUCUACUUCGGGCCCUUUGACCUCAGUGCUGUGAAAUUCCACAACAUCUCCUGUCCCCACGGGUGCUCUGAGGCAGUCUUGUCCCUGGACACUGGGUACCGCGCCACGGUGACCGUGGUACAGAAGGGCUGCUGGACAGGCCCGCCUACGGGCCAGAUGCUGUCCGACGACCGCGCGCUGCCGCCCGACUACUCGGUGGUGCGCGGCUGCACGACCGACUUGUGCAACGCCGACCUCAUGACCCACGACACCAUCCCCAAUCUGAGCCCCGCGCCCAUCCCGCCGACUCUCAGCGGCAUGGAGUGCUACGCCUGCCUGGGGAUCCACCCGGAGGACUGCACCCCGGAGAAGUCCCGACGGGUCCAGUGUCACCAAGACCAAAGCGUCUGCUUCCAGGGCAAUGGCCAAAUGACCGUCGGCAAUUUCUCAGUCCCAGUAUACAUCAGGACCUGCCACCGGCCGUCCUGCACCAUCAAGGGCACCUCCAGUCCCUGGACAAACAUUGACCUUCAGGGCUCCUGCUGUGAGGGGCAACUCUGCAACAGGGACUCCGUGACCCAGUCCUUCACCACCGCCUCGGCUGCUGCCACCCCUUCCCAGGCGCCCCACGGCAUGGCCCUGCUCCUCAUGGUCCCCCUGCUGGCUGGCACUCUUGGAGGCCCCCUCCUGCCCUCCUCCUAG